GAAAAAUCCGAGUCCGAUCGUUCGUCGGGACGAAAUCUCUUCCGCCGCUAUAAAACACGACCGUUCUUCCAUUUCCCACCACCACCAUCUCCUCCACCGCCGCUGCCGCGUGCACCACGCCCAGCCUCAGAAGCAUCAUCAUCACCAUCAUCUUCUCCUUCCUCGUCUCUCUCCGACAUCGCGAACCCCGAACGAAACCUUUGCAGCUUCGUAAAUUUCCUCAGAUUCGAUGGCCGCUUGCAUAGACACUACCCGGAGAGAAAGUUGCCAGCUUUCCCGCGACCCGAACAGGUCCCAAGGCGACGAUCUUUCCCGCAAGUUCGCGAAAUGCCGCCGGCCCAGUUUCUGCGACCGCGUUUCCUCGAUGUCGAUGAUGCCCACGUGCCAGAAUCGCGGGGAAGUCGCGUCCUCGUCCGCGUCCGACGAAGCCCUCGAUGCACGGGGAGGUGAAGAUGAUUUGUGGCCCGUGAUGCAGGAGGAGGCUCUUUCCGACGCCUGUCAAGAACCCAUCUUGUGCAGUUACUACCAGGACUCGAUCUUGAGUCACAUCUCGUUGGAAAGCGCUCUGGCGAAUCAGCUUUCUGUUAAAUUGAGCAAUUCGAGCAUCUGCAGCAGAACCCUUUUCGACCUUUUCAAGGGUGUCUUUGACGAUGAACCUGAAAUCAUGAGUGCCGUUAGGGCGGACUUGAGAGCAGUGAAGCAGAGGGAUCCUGCCUGCAAGACUUACAUCCAUUGCUUUCUUAACUUUAAAGGGUUUUUGGCAUUUCAAUCUCAUAGAGUGGCUCAUAAGCUGUGGUCACAAGGAAGGGAGAGUCUAGCAUUCUUGUUGCAGAACAGGGUCUCCGAGGUGUUCGGAGUGGACAUCCAUCCCGGGGCGAGGAUCGGGCAGGGGAUACUGGUCGAUCACGCGACUGGAGUGGUGGUCGGCGAGACUGCGGUGAUCGGGAACGAUGUGUCCAUUUUGCAUAAUGUGACUUUGGGAGGCACUGGUAAAGUCUCCGGUGAUAGGCACCCCAAGAUUGGGGAUGGGGUCUUGAUAGGCGCGGGGACUUGCAUUCUCGGGAACAUUACGAUUGGUGAUGGAGCUAAGAUUGGUGCGGGGUCAGUUGUGUUGAAGGAUGUGCCGGCCCGAAGAACUGCCGUUGGUAACCCCGCAAGGUUGGUUGGAGGGAAAGAGAACCCAAUUGAGCUCGAGAAGUUGCCCAGCUUCACGAUGGACCAAACUUCACAUAUUUCCGAGUGUUCUGACUAUGUUAUCUAGAAGACUAAUCAGUCAGUUAAUUUUUCUUCCGUUCAUUUAUUCUGGUCUGUUUAGUUCGGGUGGAAUGUUCUUUUGUGGUAUUUAGAGAGAACGGAAGUUCUGCUCCACAAAUGGCAAACACCUUGCUGUAGUAUCACUAGCAUGAAGGUUUUGUCUUGCUCGCUGCUAUCGCUUGCAUGGGUUGGAGCAGAAACCAUCUACUUAGUUUUGUGUAUAUUAAUGGAGACAUUCUCUCAGGAGCUGAUAGACUAUAUUCCCUCCCAAUCAUAACGGCAAAUCGAUGUUUGUCGGGUUUCUAUGGUUUAUUGCUGAUUGUUAUGAAAAGAAAAUGGCUAUGGCCGUACCAUUGUCUAGCUUCUUUGCUCAUUCACUCGUAGAUUGCUUGAACCGCUGCUGUCUUUUAUCAUUAUGUGCAUCGUGCAUCAUAUUUUCCGAACAUGCAUCUGUUCUAAAGAUGCAUUUUUGUCUGACAUGUCAAUAGUUAAAAUCUGGAAUCGGUGUUUCAGAGUUGGAACCCUGGCAUUGCUCCGAUGCUCCGUUCAAAGGCAAGUGGCUAGGGGUGUGAUUUGCAUAGGAAUAUAUUUGUUGGAAAAUAAAAGGGCACUACGGGAUAAAUUUCUUGUUUUUAUCUGUGAAGGAGAACAUUCAGGAAAGUCAGAAACGGAAGAUCACUCAGGAGGAUUAAACUGAGUUGUUAUUGUCUUCACUUUAGCACGUGGCUUGAAAGGAUGGAUCAGAGUAUCCUUAAAAGAGGACUAAACUGAGUUGUCAUCCUCAUCAACCUGAGCAAUGUGACUCAUUCUUUGGGAAAUUCACAGAUGAACUCUGGAUGCUAAGGCAGAGAUUUACUUAGUAUCAGUACUGGAAUAGUGUUCUUGGAUAUCUAGGGUUGGUAAUGUAGCUGCUGGUUUAUGCGAAUGGGAUUCUAACUGAAAAAUCAGGCGGAAGCUUUGGAUU